UCUGAGAAUGGGGCGGCCGCUGUUUCGUAGAAGUACGGUGGUGCGGCUACAUACCUCAUUGUUUUUUCAACACAACCGAGUUUCGGUCUCAUGGCUCAGCUGUACGAGCACAAGCUUCCCGAAUAUAUUUUUACCGAGAAACUUGGACAAGGAACGUAUGCGACUGUUUUCAAAGCGUACCACAAGACAGGUGCACGGCGAGUCGUUGCUAUAAAAUGCAUCUCCAAAAACUCUCUUACCAAGACAGCAACCGAGAAUUUGCUUACGGAAAUAGCAAUAUUAAAGAGGAUAAAGAACGAGCACAUUGUGGAACUCAUAGACUUCCAGUGGAACCAGCAGUUUAUUUACCUUAUUAUGGAGUAUUGCGCCGGCGGCGAUUUGCAUCGCUUUAUACGAGCCAACAAACGACUUCGAGAGUCUGUUGUUCGCAAGUUUCUUCAGCAGCUCGCAAAGGCUUUGCGGGUUCUCCAUCAACACAAUAUUGCCCACAUGGACCUAAAACCGCAGAAUAUCCUUCUCUCUUCUGUUCGAAAUCCUUCACUGAAGCUCGCAGAUUUUGGGUUUGCACAGUACUUGCGAUCAGGUGACCUGGCCAGCUCUCUUAGAGGAUCACCAUUAUAUAUGGCUCCAGAAAUGCUGCUCAGUGACCAAUAUGGCAACAAAGUGGACUUGUGGUCUGUCGGCAUCAUCAUGUACGAAUGUCUUUUUGGAAGUGCCCCGUAUGCUUCGUCAACUUUUGAAGAGGUAGCAGCAAAAAUUCGCACUGACAAGCCUAUACAGCUUCCACAGGGCGCAUCUGUGUCUGACUGUUGUGCAGACCUGCUGAUGAAGCUGCUUCAGCGGAAUCCUGAGAAACGCAUAGGCUUUGAAGAAUUUUUUGCCCAUCCAUUUGUUGACUUGGAGCACAUUCCAAGUGCAGAGACUCUUAAGAAAGGAGCCUCUCUGAUUCAGCAAGCAGUGGCCAAGGACAGCCAGGGUUGCCAGCGAGAAGCACUACAUCUCUACUGCCAGGGCCUGCAGUAUCUGCUGCCUGUUUUACAAAAUGAGACUGACUUGGAAAAGUGGAAAUCGUUACAAGCAAAGGUCAGCGAAUACCUUCAGCGUGCUGAAACGCUUAAGUCGACACUGAAGUCAAGGGAGGCUAUUGUCAUUGAUGAUGACCACCAUGGGGGUGGAACUGAGUUCGAGGACAUUUGUGAUCGAUAUCCUCCUCUCCAGAGUGCCCUUCUUUUGGUCAACUCUGCAAAAAAACUGGCUGUUGCAAACAGACUUAAGGAUGCACUGAAGACUUAUCAGGAUGCUUUAGAUGUAGUCAUUCCUUUUAUGAGCAAAUGCAGGCCAGAUGAAAAGGAGGUACUGAGAGCAGAGGCUGAAAAGUGGCUGGAGGCUGCAGAACUAGUUAAAUCAUACAUGGCUAUGCAAACCAUGGAGGUAGGAAGGACAGCUCCUGUGAAAUCAGAACAAUCGUGCACCAUACAGUAAAUCUAGGUCAUGUGGGAACGGUGGUCACGAAGCCUUGUACAUUUGUAAAAUAUGUGUUAUGUUUUCUGCUUGUGUGUUACAUGUACCGUUGCUGUGCUCGGCCUUAAAGGGACACUAAAGUGAAUCUAAAUUUUGAACAUAAUGUAGGCGAUGUCGUAUAGGCCACUAAUGCGCCAUUCUGCUGCCGUUCUGAGUUUUAACUUCUAUGUAAAACAGACGAUAGGAGAUUUGGCGACUUCAUUAGCGAAGGCAUGAACUGUCAGCGAGCCACUAGUCAAUAAUGUGCAUUUGUUUCAUUGGUACGAUACAUUCUUGUUCACUGUACCAUUCCAGCUGAGUGGUGUUUCGUUGAGUCACUUUUAAAUAAGAAUGCACUCUUGUGCCAUAUGUGUACAUGAGAUUUCAAAGUAAGAGUAAUAAGUUGUGGCACUAUUCUCUCAAAUAGUAACACGCUCAGCAAAAGUAUCAUGCAAAAUUUGGCAUUGGUGCCUACCAAUAUAGUCUCCUCUGGUGUACAAUCUGGACUACAGAUGGCACCCUCAACUACAUGUCAGAAAGUGUACUCAAAACCAUGUAGCAACGGGGAGGAAAGUACAGUCAUCACCGUACUUAAUUUGAACACACUUUAACUUUUUCAGUGUCUGUUUAUUUUCUUUUUUUCUUUGAGGUGACGCACUCUUAGUGUCUGUGUUUCUUUCUCAGAUGUUAUAAAACGAACACGACGGUCUAUUUUCAAUUAUACAGAGUGGAAAAAAAUUUACACGGAUAGUGACAAAUGCACUCUUAUUGUGGUCCUCACAUCCUUAACUUUGUUUUUCAUCUCCUACCAAGUUUCGUUCUGACGCAAAAGCUCCCGUGAUAGCUCUGCUGGGUCAGGGCCAGAAAAAGAAUAAUUAAAACCUCCUACAAAUGUACAACAGAUGGCAGAAACACACAAGAGUGGUGGCACUGCACCAUGGGGCAUAUAUUUGACCGAAGAAUCACCGCCUUAGUGGUGCACAAAGUCUGGGAACCACCCCUCCCAUUCGCGGACGCAGCUCCGCGCGAUGCAACCUCGACCUCGAAGAGGUGCUUUCUGCAGGACGCUAACAAAAAACCCAGACGGAGAAAACCCAGACAGAUGAGAAAAUGUGCUUCUAGAAAUACACAACAGGUGGCGGAACUACUUCAGAGCGCGUUAACUUCAUGUUACUGCACACAUCCUACUGAAGAGAGUGGAGAACGUAGGGAUACGCCAGUCUUGUGGCAGGACGGAAACACGAAAACGUGUCUGUACGUCACUGACACUGAUGAAAGAGUUAAACACAGACUUGAAUGUGUUAGCUUAAUGUUUCUUUCUCCCACAGCAUGCGGUGUUUGCUCCUUGCGGCCCAUGUUUGUUACAGUUAAGGUGCUAUAGAUGUGUGCUCAAGUCCAGUUGGGUCCGUACAUGGGAGCUUGCAUUCGACCUUGUUAGAGUGAACUUUUUCUCGAGCUGGCCUCUUAUUCAACAUGUAAAAGCAACCCUCGAUUUCCGGUACCAGCACCACAUGCACACACAGACAGGCUUCACUCAAGGAAAGAGCCAUAGUUUGAGACAUUUCCUCUUUUACCGACAUUUUGGGCAGCAUUAGCUAACCAAACCAGCAUAAUGAGCCCAAGCCGAAGGCAUCGAGUCGCAAGGUAGCAUCUACUACAAAAAUAUUUCUAGCACCUUUUUUAUGGUUGGCUUGUGUUAUUACACUACGGGGAACCAUAUGACACCAACAGAAGAUGAAGCCAAGGAAAUUUUCUGUUGGCCUCAUAUAGUAAUGAUUAACGAAAAUCGAGCCCCUUGGUUCACCUUUCUUCUCAUUCAUUACACUACUGGGAGCCACAGGAAACACAGAUAGGCUCUUUUCAACCAGUCUUUCUUAAGAAACACACUUUUAAGUUAUCUUAAAGCCUGUGAAGUAUGGUACAGGUGUUCUGGAUUAAAUUUUCUAGAAGCAAGUAAAUCAACUGUAAAGUUGUCUUUAGUGUCCGUUUAAUGCUCGCAUAGGCACGAUGAAUGUGUUCAAAGUAGCAGCCAAACUCAAAUCCAGUUUAUAUUUUUUGAACAUGGGAAAUUUGUUGCGUAAUGUUAUGAACAUUGUUAUGUACAGUUGUUGAGAAGUUGUGCAUUCAAGCAGCCUAUCAUGGUUACAUGUGCUCUGAAUUCCCCGAAGGGUUUCCUCAGUCGUUUUCCUUUCCUUUACAGAUAGUGCAAUGCUCUGUCAGCCUGUGGGUGGAUAAUAACACUGUUCAUAGAGGAUUGUGUGAAGUAGCUAUAGGUUUUGGUAUGGCAUUUUGUUGAAGGCAGAUUAUUGCAGCAAUAUACACUCUAAAGUGCACUAAAUGUGAACUAAUUUCAUACUGAGAUAGAGGGCCAGGCUACUGUGAUUUAUUGUAAAGGAAUCCAAUGCAGUUAGCCUGCUGUUUCUCAGCUGAAGAAAAAGUGCGAUCAAUAUAAUUAUUUGCGACGUUUGGGCUAUAUUGAGGAACAAUAAUCAUUUACAGUGCAGAUUGGUUCAUUGGUAUCUGCAGCUCAGAAUAUUGCACUUGUACAACAUUACUUAUAGUAAACACUGAGCGGAGGAAGAUCUUUUUUUUAAAAGGUAAUUUUAGCUCUGCACAAAGUAGGAUAACUGAUGAAAACGACAAAAUACUGUGGUAUUGCCAAUCAAUAUAAACAGUUAAAAAGCGAACGUCCAAGUGUGAGGCCGUGCACCACUGUGGAACUGUGUCUUCAAACCGCAUUGUAUUGUAGACAAAUGCAUGCCUGAAUCCUGUUUUUAUGGAUUGAUCAUGCAAUAAUUUUGUGGACUAUCGCUUGUUUGCAUAAAUGAUUUUUGUGGGUUACAUGUUUUGAUGCUCAAUUAGGCCAGAACUGAAUGUAACUGAAAAGAGUUUCCAUAAUGAUCAAAUUGUACCUAUAACCUGACAGACUUGUGCACGGCUCCGAUACUGUUCUUGUUCCCCAUUGAAAGAUGGUUAUUAUUCUGUUUGCUCUGAGUGCCUUUCCUAAAAUGUUCCCGUGAUCAGACAACUCUGUACUAAACUAGUAGUAAUGUUUCUUCAGCAGAAACUUUUCCCACAUACUCUGUGACUUGUUGUGGCUGAACCAAGCAUUGCUAUGAAAAUGGUAGCAGUUUUAAUUUAAUACGAUGGUUUUUUUUUUUUUUUUUUUUUUUUUUGGUAUGCUCACUAUCGCACUGUGCAAAGACACUGGCCAAUCUUGAAUCUCUCCCGUCCUCCAUUUUGUUUUUUCUUCCUCGACAUUGCACUAUGGGAGAAAUAUAAAUCUUUGUUUUCUCUAACCUGUGGUGUAUGACCUCUCUAGGCCCACACUGGUUGCCAUUUGCACACCAUGCAAUAUGUAGGCAUGUGUUCACAUAAACAAUUCAGGAAACUACAUGAAAUUUUGUAUUGCCAUGUCUUGUAAGUCUUACUUACAUGCUGCAGUGGCUUGAACAAACUGAUUGCCUGGUAUGUCAUUAUCAUAUACACAAAAGUGAAUAAAAAAAAAUGUGAUAUUUAGGA